AUGGAGACAAACACCGACGAGGAAUCCCCGCCCAUCGAUGCAGCGGCUGCCGCUGUUCCUGUCGCAAAACGCGUGAGACGCGAUGGCGCUUGCGUGCGAUGCCACGCCCACAAGAUCAAAUGCUCUCGUGGACAACCGUGCCGGAACUGCGUGCAGUCCAAAAAUGUCGCCGACUGCGUGUAUCCCAGGCGAGACCGGAAGAUCUUGGUUCCCGAAAGUCAGAUCAAGCGACUUGAGCAGGAGAAUGCGAGGCUCAAAAGAGCGGCGCAGGAUUCGCCCUCUCAGGGCCACCGCCAUGAGAAGGCCGUGGGCAGUCUCAGCAUGGCUGAUGUCGAGAUAUCUCACCCACUAAUCGAGGAUCGUAUGUGUUUUGUGCGCGAUUACAGUUCGUCGCAAGCGGCCUAUAUCGGGGAGGCUUCUUGCACAUCCUUUGGGACUCGCCUUUAUCAGUAUCUGGACCGAAGCACCUCUCUGGCGCCCAUCCCGCCGGCUCGCCUCGUCAGCGACAAGACAUUGUUUCAACACAUCUUCACCGAGUACGAACUGCCGGGACGUGCUCAUGCACAUUUGCUCAUCAGGGUCGCCAUACGUCUCGUGGGUUUAGACUACCAUCUGAUGAUGCGGAAACAUACCUUGGAGCAACUGGACAGUCUCUACAGCGGACAACUGACCGUAGAACAAGAUCCGCUGCUGGCAUGUCGCCUGUUCACAAUAUUUGCGCUCGGAGAAUUGUACACCAACCGGGCAAAGGAGGACCAGAGGCUAGAGAACGCCCCUGAUGUUCCAGGUCUGGCUUUUUUUGUUCGAGCCAUGAGUCUGUUUCAGGAAAUCCGCGAGGAGGCCACCAUGUCCUACAUUGAGGCUCUGCUUCUUAUAUCUCUUUACUCUCUAGCAUUGAACCGGGCCAAUUCGGCCUAUAUCUACGCCGGGAUCGCUCUCCGACUGAGUCUGACUCUCGGGCUUCACCACAAUGUUCCCGACAAUCAAAUGUUCAGUCCGCUGGAGCGAGAGCGUCGGAUUCGUGUCUGGUGGACUGUGUACAUCUUCGACCGGAACUGGAGCUCGAAACUGGGCCACCCCACCAGUAUCCGAGACGAAGACAUCGACGUGGAUUUGCCGUCCAUGGACAAUCUGACCGCCGCGGAGAAAGCGGAAUUCUCAGAGCCAGAUCAUCUGGUCGCCAAUGUGCAAUUGGCGCGCAUCACGGGGGACAUCAUGAACCACAUCUACGUCAAAAAGCGCCCGGGACAAAGGUCCGUGCAGAGCGUGCAAAUGGUCCUGCGAAAGUUACGGACGUGGGCAGAGACUCUCCCCAGCAGCAUCCGGUUGCAGCAAGACUCAUCUCGCAUCUAUCCGGUGAGGCAUGUGGCGUCCCUCCAUUUGUGCUUCAAUCAGGGUGUGAUUUUGACCACGCGGCCGAUUUUGUUCCACGUGUUGAAGACCAAAUUCAACCCGAUUCUCGAAGAUCAGACCACAAAAACCCCUCGGCCAGUGUCGGCUAUCACCACAGCUCUAGCCGAUGCAUGUAUCCAUGCUGCUCGAAGCUCGAACCAGAUCUUAACUCAGCUCUGGGUUGAUGGUUCGAUUGCCCUGUUUGGCUACUUCGACGCGCAAUAUCUAUUUUCCUCGACCCUUGUCCUACUGACCGCGACACUGUUGCGACCUAGCGCAGCCGAUGCUGAAGCGUUGGACACGGCCACUCACCUAUUAAAAUCCAUGUCCGAAGAUGGCAACCUACCGGCGUUCAGAUACUACGGCCACUUGAUGCAGUUACGAGAGGUGGUAAACUCUCUGCAGGAGAAGAGCCAACACGUCGAAGACUAUGCUGCUGUCGCAGCAGCAGACGCACCAGACGCACCGGACAAUCUUCAACCUGAACUCUCCAUGCCUGCUGUACCUGUGCUCCAACACGUGCAGGCAAGCAAUCCUCCAGUGACCAAUGCACUUGUCGCCGGAUCCGCCCUGGAUGACCCUUUCAUUGAGAAUUUUCUGUCGUUCUCGGACUUUCAGUGGCCUGCUGCCGGUGAUGCAUUUGGUGGUGUUGUCGUGGGAAGCACAGUCUCACCUCCGCAAUGGGUGUUCGAAUGGGACGCACAGAACCAAGAUCUGUAUGGCGCGGCGAGGACUUGA